AGUACUGUAUCAUUAUUGGAUGGAUACCACACCUCACUCCACCCAAUCUCAAGGGCUACACCCGCCAAACCAGCCCACGACAACAACACCAACUUCGACCGAUGUUGCUCAUUUACAGGCUGAGGUCGAUUCCUUGCGACGGCUCAUCGAGAGAGCUUUCCCUAUACUGGAGAUGAACCCUCUGUAUUGUGUCCCAUUGAAAGAUCCCUCUACUACACAGGAGCGGCACUGGCUGGUAUCGUACAGUGGUCAUCAUUCGGGAGGUAUGAUCCACUCAUGGAUACCCUACGCAUUCGAAGCAGCAUAUCGGGAUGCAAACCUCCUACCCACAGAGUCUGAACUGAUACGCUACGCUGUUUCUCAUCGUCUUGCCGAUCCUGGCCAAGCCAGGCGGGAGCUACACGAAUCGCAUCAAGAGACCUCCAGCGGGGUAUUAACGAGAUGCUUGGAGUUGCAUAACCCAAACAUCUCCACCAUUGAAGGCAACAUUCCUAACGAUCAGGGAAUGGAGUUGGAGCACUCCACCAAGCUGUAUCUGCCAGUCUGUAGCUUGUUAUGUGUAGAGCAGAUAAUAGUAUCGGUAAGAUACCUCCUCACGGAACAUAUUUAUCCCUCUAUUGGUAACAUAUCCAUAUGUCUUCAUGUGGCAUUCUCAUUGCGUCACAUCACUACCAAUGACAUACUCACUUGUGCCAAGUUCGGUGUAGAGGAUGGCCGUUUGAUCGUAUCUGGUGAUGUUAUCCUUUUGCCUCAUCACCAGCUCUCUUCUCAAAGUUCUACCAAUGGAGAUGCUACUAAUACUAAAACAGUUUUCACAUGUUAUCCACAGAAGUAUAUGCAGUCCGACGAUCUACAUGUACUCCAUACAGUAGAUGACCAGUUAUUGGAAUCUGUUAAUUCCUUCUAUCAUAUGGCCAAGGAAACUACGGUAGCAGCAGAAGAGGAAGAGUCGAGCCCCUUCCGUCUGGCCCUGCUGGCUAAAAAGUCCUCUCAUGAUGCGAGUAUGUCCGCCGCUCCUAUGGGUCUGUUGAUAUGGUUGCUACAGAGAUGCAUAGCUAGAGAUACAGCUUCUGUGGACCAUACUGCUACUACUACUCCACUACUGCUAUACCAUAUGCCUCGAUGCCCACUAUGGCCAGAGUGCUGUGGGCAACAGUAUGGUGACGGUACCAGCAAACAGACACGAGCAAGAAUAGAGCUUCGUGCUCUUGGUGAACUGAACCAGACAUCAGUGGUCAAUGCACGCCCUAGUGUCGACAGUAGCAAUGCUUCGGCUGGAGAAGGAGCUCUAUCUAUUCCCUCUCCAUCGCCUGCAGCAACAGCAAGAUCAAAAGUAGCAGAAGCACCGGGCAGCGUGCCCAAGCAUGAUGCCGAUGUUCCCCAACAUGGUGAUGAUGAUGAUUCGUCUUUGGCUAGAGAACAAUUAUUGUUCAUCCAUUGCUUCAAAAACGAGUUAUUGGCUGGCCAAGGUAUACUCGUCAAUCAAGUGAACAAUUUAUGCAAGGUCCGUUGUGGACGCACAGUUCGCUAUCGCGAGUUCGGUUUUGGAAAACUGAGAGACUUCCUAGAGGACAUCAAAGGUCUGCAAGUUGUUGGGGAGAAAUUCCAGAUGACGAUACGCCUCACUGAUGUAUUUGAGUUUGAUUUAUUUAUACGAGAGGCCAAUGCUCGUAAAUCAGGCGGUGGUGGUCAUCACACCUCGACAGCAUCACUUGGUCUCAACAAGACUCAUGAACGAGAUGGAAAAGAGGAUUCUAUGGUUAAAGGAGAGUUUGAUAAGGAUGAUGAUGAUGAUGAGGAAGCUGAACUGAAGCAUCUCACACUACCACAGCUCAUACCUGAGGAUGUUAUAGACAAGCUUAGAUACAUGUUCUCCUGUGAACAUUAUCAGAUAGAAGCAUCAGUAUUCGUAUCAUUAUUCAAGAAUAGAUACUUCGCCAGUGACCCGAUGGUAUAUGAGCGUCUAGGGUAUAAGAGAAUGAGAGACUUCUUAGGAGCAGUACCACAAGUACAUAAGCAGGGUACUAAGGCGGAGUCUAAAUAUGUAUGGGUAGAGAAUUCAGCACCAUUACGGCUAUCUCAGCUGGGGGUCCCUUCUAUUGGUGGCCACAGCGGCGGCUCCAACGGCAAUGCAACAGCCAUUGAUUUCCUACAUUCGACAUCGUCACAAUCAUCAACUAGUAUCUCCAACGGGGAUACUCUCCAAGGUGCAGGGUUAUCCUUCUCACUGGAUGAUAUAACACAGAAGAAUAUUGCAAGUAUAGAGGAUAUCCUCAAUCAGGCAUCUACUGGAGGGGUACACAUUGCUGUAGCCGAUCUUCUCACUGGUAUAUGUGGUGGAGCAAGUAAUGGUUUGGAGAAACUCAUCGGCUUCAGUCCUGCUGGAGUUAAUAUUUACAAGUUGAUACAUCCCGAUGACAGAGUAUCGGUUAGAUUGAGGAUUGAUGAGGCUAUGGCGAUGGGGCUCAAUAGUGUAGAUCUCAGUACAUUCAGGCUUAGAUCAUCAUCAUCAACAACAACUCCUUCCAACAAUACAAUAACAGUAUCAGGAAACGCAUCCUGGCUGAUCGGUAAUGUGUGGACGAUAAGCUUGGUCAGUGUGUCGUAGGAGGAAGUCUCUAUGAAUAGUGAUAAUCAUGAUGAUUGGAGCAGCAUCAGAAGCAGUGAUGAGCGAAUACUUGAUUGAAGAUGACCCGAGACCAGUGUCAAACGACGUAUCGAGCAUCAUAUCAGUAUUACGCUCAACCGCUUCUUCCCUGUGUUCUAGUAUUAUCCUCCCUGUUGUGCGAAUUGC